UAAAGAAUCCUAGAAAUGCUGCCUCGAAGAUGCAGCUGGAUUCUGGCCAGGUGCCUGUACAGUACCAAGGCGAAACGAGAACUGAAAACCCGCUACAGCGGCGAGUUCCCAGAGAAACUGCUCACCAGAAAACAAAAGGCGCCCGCGCACAUGUACAUCGCCAAUUCGGAGGCUGCCCAGAGGAUUGGCCAGUACCUGGAACCACAUCUGCAUCAAUCCGGCUGUGAUACAGUCAUGGAACUCAAUCCAGGAACGGGGCACUUUACCCGGCAUCUACUGGACAAGGAGACUCAGUUCCGGCGGAUUAUUCUUCUCGAGAGUAUGGACCAUUUUAUGCCUCGCCUUCAGGAGCUGCAUUCGCUUUACCCAGAGCGUGUAAAGGUGCAGCAGGGAGAUUUUGUUAAUCUAUGGAAACUCGUCUACAUGGACAAAAUGGACGGAGGUAGCCGCGUUAUGGACCUCCUCAACGAUGUUCCCCGAAAAGCCUUUAACGAUGAUGUCAACAUGCUGGUCUUUGGGGCAGUCGGUUCAUAUCAUUUCUACAAGCAUUUGAUCAACUCGCUUAUUUUUCAAACCAGCCUCUACAAUUUGGGACGCUGUGAAAUGAUUCUGGCCAUGCCGCCACCCAUUUACAUCCAUCUCACAUGCACCAAUGAGAUUGGUUAUCUCAUUUACCGUGCCACCAGUAUACUGUUUCAGAUCCUAUAUAAGCACCAGUUUAUAGCUAAAGUGCCUAGGGAAGAUUUCCUUCCCAUGCAAUCCAAUUACACUCUCACCAAGGGCAGCAAGUUGGGCAAGGUGCGAUCCAUCAAUCCGGAGUACCUCUACCUAGUGAAGUUCACACCUCGUCGCAAUCUUCACGAACUUGUGCCACCCCAAGAUCUUCCUGCUCUCUGGUUUUUUAUCAAACAAAAUUUUGUUAGCCGCCGAAACCGCAUUAUACCCAACUUGGAGAAAUGGGUGCCUGGAUGCGGCCCUCGACUGAUUAUAAAUCCGCACAAAUCCGAGCCUCUCCAGCCCACCUAUCCGGAUGAAUCCCCCGAGAAAUUGCCCCAGUACUCCAGCCAGAGUACAACGAUAAGUCUGAGGAACUAUUAUCCGGGCAUUAACAUCUAUACCCAGUUUGGGGACCUUGGGCCAAGUCAAAUGUUGACUCUAUUUAGCCAGUUCCGACAAUGGCCGGAGUAUGCUGAGAGCUCAUUCCUGGCGUCGUUGGAAAACGCUUUGCUCAAACUAGAAACUGCUACCGAUGAGCAGAAUUUAGAGGAUGGAGUCACGUUGCCAGAGGAGGAUGAUGCAGACACAGAGGAGCUUCUCGAAGAGGAAAGUCCCGCCCCGGCGGCAACGGCAGCCAAGGGACGUAAAAAAGCUAGUUCCUAAUAUGUUGUUAGUUGGUUUUAAUUAGCUAGGUUUUCCCACAUUAAAAACUGAUUGAAGUA